AUGAUCAAGUCUCCAGAUCUGUUGGCCCUCCUUACUGAUAAGGGACGUCGGGGCACGUUGGAGGCGCUUGCUGUCACCCUGUUUCUUGCGCCCCUCAUCUACCUCGUUAUCAACGAGUUCAUCCGCUACAAUGCCCGCAUCGGCAGGCUGAAGGGCCCCAGAGGUCUGCCUGUCAUCGGUAAUAUCUGGGAUAUUCGUGUCAACGCCGCGGAAAAGUAUCGCGAGUGGGCAAAGACAUUUGGCGAUGUCUACCAGGUUCAGCUGGGCAACAUUCCCGUCGUCGUGAUCAACUCGGCCGCUGCAGCCAAGACCCUUUUUGGCUAUAAUUUGCAGGCCAUGAGCUCCCGUCCAGAAUUCUACACAUUCCACAAGGUUGUUUCUGAUACUGCUGGCACCACCAUCGGCACGUCGCCUUUCAGCGACUCGCUGAAGCGCAGGCGCAAAGGCGCCGCCACCGCGCUCAACAAGCCCUCGAUCCAGACCUACAUCCCCCAUCUGGACAUUGAGUCGCGCGACUUCAUCAAGGAGCUCUACGAGUACGGCGACGCUGGCACGACGCCCACCGACCCCAUGCCCAUGAUUCAGCGGCUGUCGCUGUCGCUCGCCCUGACGCUCAACUGGGGCGUGCGCCUCAAGAGCCAAAAGGACAACCUCUUUGACGAAAUCACCUACGUCGAGGAGGAAAUCAGCCGCUUCCGCUCGACGACGGGCAACCUGCAGGACUACAUCCCGCUGCUGCGCCUCAACCCCAUCAACGGGCACUCGGCCAAGGCCCGCGAGGUGCGCCGCCGCCGCGACGUCUACCUGUCGCGGCUGAACAACGGCCUCGACGAGCGCAUCGCCAACGGCACGCACAAGCCGUGCAUCCAGGCCAACGUCAUCAUGGACGCCGAGGCCAAGCUCAACAAGGCCGAGCUGACAUCCAUCAGCCUGACGAUGCUCUCGGGCGGCCUCGACACCGUCACGACGCAGGUCGCGUGGUUUGUCGCCUUCCUGUCGCAGAACCAGGACAUCCAGGACAAGGCCGUCGCCGAGAUUCGCAAGCUGUACGACGCAGACCACCCCAUGUGCGACGAGCUGGACGACCAAAAGUGCCCCUACGUCGUGGCUCUCGUCAAGGAGUCUCUGCGCUACUUUACCGUUCUGCGGCUGGCCCUUCCGCGGGCCUCGGUCAAGGACGUGCCCUACGGUGCCUGCACCAUCCCCAAGGGCUCGAUCCUGUUCCUCAAUGCAUGGGCAUGCAACAUGGACUCGACUGUGUGGGACGACCCUGACGUCUUCCGCCCCGAGCGCUGGUACGAGCAGCCCGACGCGCCGCUCUUCAGCUACGGAACAGGCUACCGCAUGUGCGCCGGCUCGCUGCUGGCGAACCGCGAGCUGUACCUCGUCUACAUGCGCCUGCUCAGCAGCUUCCGCAUCGAAAAGUAUGACAAUGUCGACUGCCACCCCAUCAGCGGCAACGCGGACCCGACCAGCCUCGUGGCCCUGCCGCACCGAUACCGCGCGCUCUUUGUCCCGCGAAACCCGGUGGCGCUAAAGGCAGCGAUGGAGGAGACGGCGGCGAUGGAGCGGGCAGAUGAUAGCGUUUCAGCGUGA